AUGCAAAAGGGUAUCAUAGCCCUGAUGGGGCUUGUCAUAUUUGGCAUGGCUGUUAUAGGAACCAUAACAUCAAGUUUCGUAGAAAUAGACAGGGAUCCCAUGAGUGAAAUUACCAUUGAUAAAGAGCCAAGCGAUUCUCUAAGACUCAUAGUUGUUGGAGAUACUGGAGGGUUACCUGUAUACCCAUAUUACUCAUAUGCACAAAAGAAAGUCGCAAAAGCCAUGGAAGUUUUGGCAGAGCGAAAACGCCUUCAGUACGUUAUCAGCGUUGGAGACAACAUCUACUUUACCGGAGUAAAGAACGAACACGAUCCACGAUUUCUUACCACGUUCGAAGACGUUUAUGAUGGUCGAGGGUUAAAUGUACCGUGGUACCUGAUUGCAGGAAAUCACGACCACUUUGGCAACGUCUCCGCUCAAGUUGCCUACACUAAUCAUAGCCGGAAAUGGAAUUUCCCCAAGCUGUACUAUAAGCUAUCAUUCUCACUUAAAAACAGUUCUGUAGACGUUUUGAUGAUUGACACAAUAGUGCUUUGUGGAAAUACUGCUGACAUCCAAAAUGGUGGUUUUUUCGAUAUGUUGUGGAAUAGAUCACAUCAUCCUGAGGGCCCAAGCGAUCCCCAAAAAGCAGAAGAACAGUGGAAAUGGAUUAAUGAAAAUCUAAAUUCAAGCAGGGCCGACUACCUUUUCGUUGCUGGACAUUAUCCCAUCUAUUCUAUCUCCUCACACGGGCCGACACAUUGCCUCAUUGACAGACUUGAUCCUUUGCUUAAAGCGUACAACGUGUCGGCUUACUUUGCUGGACAUGACCAUAAUUUGCAGCAUAUCAUAUUCCCGAAUGAGUAUGGCCACCCUGUAAACUAUGUAGUAACCGGCGCUGGAUCACGAUCCGAUCGUUCCAAAAAAUACAUCAAAGCGCUCCCUGAGGGGAAUCUCAAAUUCCACUAUCCGAAUUCGUGGAACCCCUUUUCACAGCUAGGAUUUUCAAAUGGAGGUUUCGUCUAUAUGGAAGUCACAAAGGACAAAGCAACAAUGUCGUUCAUCACGGGCAAAGGCGAACAAAAAUAUCAAAUGAGCGUCAACCCUAGAAAGCUGCUCAAGCGCUAG